ACCGUGCCAUCGACGUGCAAGUCGCGCGGCAGCUACCUUGACGGCAAGAGCUGCAAGACGUGCCCCAGCACGAAGAACGGCAAGUCGUUUGCGAUCUUUUGGGAGUCGCAGACCGACGGCUGCCUCGACUUUGUCAAGAGCGAAGCAGCGCAGUACGUCACGCAUGUCUACUGGGGCUUUGCGACCAUCGGCACGGACGGGUCGGUCGACCAGACGUUCCAAGGCAACGACGCGACGCUCAAGGCGUGCAUCGCUGCCAUGAAAAACAAGUGCAUCAAGCAAUAUGCGAGCAUUGGCGGCGCCAGCGUCCGUGCGAAUUUUCUGACGGUCAACACGCCCGCAGCGUACGCCAAGUUUGCCAGCACCGCCGCGUCCUUGGUGCAAAAGUUUGGGUUUGACGGCGUCGACAUUGAUGACGAGAGCGGCAACUUGGGCGCCAAAGGCGACUGGAAGACGAACGCCGGCCCGAACGUCAUUGGGUACCUCAGCGCGCUGCGCAAGGCGCUCAACGGGCUUCCGCUCGCCAGUGGCGAACCGAAGUACAUUGUGACGUGGGACGAGCUCCCGACAGCGUUCGACAAGUCGUGCAGCGAUGCCGGCGGCGACUACAGCCGGUGCUUUGAGCCCAAGAUCCUCCAGUACGUCGACGAAGUCAACAACAUGAUGUACAAUGCCAUGAGUGCAACGAUGGACGCGUGGCUUGCGGCCGUGCCGACGACGUGGGCGACGUCGAUCGGGAAGGACAAGCUUCUCCUUGGCCAGUGCGUCGGAAAGGGCACGGGGUCGGGGAUUUGCGGCGACUAUGGUGACGCGCCAUCCCCCAAGCAGCUUGAAGCCGCGGCGGCCGCCGGCGCAAAUUACAAGGGCGCGAUGCUCUGGACUGGCUCGUACGACUGGGUCAGCGGCAAAGGCGGCGUCAUCAUCUCGAUGGGCAAGGCCGGCAACUACGGCACGGGCCUCAAGUAGGCGCCGAAUUACUCUUUCUCUGUGUUGUCAUCAUGUAAUCCCACGUACUACCGCGAACAACGUGUUUGGUUUUGAACGUUGAUGUAGCUGCCUGCGACGUCGGCGCUACUCCAAACGUUGGCUCGUUGCCGCAGCACGGGCCAAAUUUCCUUGGCCAAGAGUAAUGGUGGAGAUGCAGUAGAGCCUGCUGCAGCAACCGGGAUGGUGGUGCACCUUACAAGCGAGUCCUGACGGAGGUCUCGGCACGUUGCUACGAAAAAGAACGUGGUGGUCCUAGCGCGGUGGUAGAGCUCUUAAUCGCGAGAAAACAAUAAAGCGCUCUAUUCCGUCCUUUGG